GGAGGGGGCUCCCGGCACCUCAGGGACCGUGAUGGCGAGCGCCGCGGCGGCGAAGGGCGGCGGGAGUUCUGUAAGUUCCGUAAGCUCCGUCUCUGAUCGGCACGCCCGCCUCCUCCUGGCCCAGAUCAACCGGCUGCGGGCCGGACAGAGCUUCUGCGACGUGCGGCUCGAGGUGGGCCCGGAGGCGUUCGCUGUGCACCGCCUGGUGCUGGCGGCCAGCAGCCCCUACUUCGCGGCGCUCUUCGCGGGUGGCAUGAAGGAGUCCGGCCGGGAUGUGGUGCGGAUCGCGGGGAUCGAGGCGGACACCUUCCACACGCUCCUUGACUUCAUCUACACAGGGGUGGUGAACAUCGGGGAGCACAACGUUCAGGAGCUGAUCGUCGCUGCUGACAUGCUGCAGCUCACCGAGGUGGUGGAGCUCUGCUGCGAGUUCCUGAAGGGGCAGAUCGACCCGCUGAACUGCAUCGGUUUCUUCCAGUUCUCCGAGCAGGUAGCCUGUCACGACUUGAUGGAGUUCACUGAGAGUUACAUCCAUGCACACUUCCUGGAGGUGCAGAGCGGGGAGGAGUUCCUGGCGCUGACAAAAGAGCAGCUGAUUAAGAUCCUGCGAAGUGAGGACCUGAGCAUCGAGGACGAGUACCAAGUUUUCAUAGCGGCAAUGCAAUGGAUUUUGAAGGAUGUGGGAAAAAGAAAGAAAUACGUCGUAGAAGUACUGGAACCUGUUCGAUUCCCUCUGCUACCAGCACAAAGGUUAUUAAAAUACAUAGAAAGUAUUCCAGAUUUCAGCCUUCGGGUGGCCCUGCAAACCCUGCUGAAAGAAUAUUGUGAAGUCUGUAAAUCUCCCAAAGAAAACAAGGUCAGCAGUUUUCUGCAAGCUUCUAAAGGUCGUCCCCGGAGGAAAGCCAGGAAGUACCUUUAUGCAGUAGGUGGGUACACCCGACUGCAGGGAGGACGCUGGAGUGACAGUAGAGCCCUCAGCUGUGUGGAGCGAUUCGACACCUUCAGCCACUACUGGACCACAGUGUCAUCUCUCCACCAGGCCCGGAGUGGGCUCGGUGUGGCUGUGGUGGGAGGAAUGGUCUAUGCCAUUGGAGGUGAGAAGGACUCAAUGAUUUUUGACUGUACUGAAUGUUACGAUCCUGUUACUAAGCAGUGGACCACUGUGGCUUCCAUGAACCACCCUCGUUGUGGACUGGGAGUGUGCACAUGCUAUGGUGCUAUCUAUGCUUUGGGAGGUUGGGUUGGAGCAGAGAUUGGCAACACAAUUGAAAGAUUUGAUCCAGAAGAAAAUAGUUGGGAUGUGGUGGGAAGCAUGGCUAUGCCCCGUUACUGCUUUGGCUGUUGUGAAAUGCAAGGUUUGAUCUAUGUUGUUGGUGGUAUCAGCAAUGAAGGAGUAGAGCUACGUUCUGUUGAAGUCUACGACCCAAUAUCUAAACGUUGGUCUGAGCUUGCUCCAAUGGGCACCCGAAGAGCGUAUCUUGGUGUAGCUGCUCUCAAUGAUUGUAUCUAUGCUGUGGGAGGCUGGAAUGAAGCUCAGGAUGCACUUGCUACUGUGGAGAAGUACUCCUUUGAAGAGGAAAAGUGGAUUGAAGUUGCGUCGAUGAAGAUACCGAGAGCUGGUGUCUGUGUUGUGGCUGUGAAUGGAUUUCUUUAUGCCUCAGGAGGCCGAGCUCCCAGUCAUGAUUUUGCUGCGCCAGUAACCUCUGACUCUGUUGAAGUUUAUAAUCCUCAUACGGACAGUUGGACUGAAAUCGCCAACAUGAUCACCAGCCGCUGUGAAGGAGGUGUAGCUGUGCUGUAAAACACAACAAAGAAAACUUAUGCAAGGAAUGAGUAAAUCUGCCUCCUCAGAUUUCUGGUUUCAUUGGUCAGAAACGUAACACAGGAGCUUCAGUAGAGACAGUGGAGAAUUGGGUCAGAGGGCUUUUCCUGAGCAGAAGGAAAUAUUACAACUCUUGCCCUUCAAAGUAAAUUGGCUUAUCUGAUGUCUGUCUCAGGGGGUAUCCUGUUAAGAGUAGAAAUGGCUCUGACUCCAUUUAGCUUACUGAAAUAGGUGGUGAAUAUGUCCUGUAAGAAUCUGAAGAAAUCAUUCCAGCAUGUUAGGGGCAGCAAUCAGAUUGUUAACUCUGUAAGGUGCACCAAAGCUAACAUCUUUAGCUGCUUUUACAAUCUGGAAGGAGAUUACUGUAGAUAGCUAGAAGUUACCUGUGGAUAAGAGCAGUUGGGCUACUUGGUUAGCAUUAGUUGUCCUUUUCUGAUGGGGGG